AGGAAUGGGAGCUGGUGAGCCUCCUGUACUGGCUGCUGGGCAGCCACUUUGGGUACGUCUACGGGGAUGGUCAUUCUGUGCUUUUACACUGAUCUCUGCUUUGUUAGGCUCCAUUUACAUAAUCACGCCACUACUUCCGCUCAUAUUUAUUAAUCCUAAAAUGUGGCGCAAAUGUAUGGAUCGAUUGAUUGGAAUAUGGGUAGUCAUGCCAGGAUCUCUUAUGAGUUACGUAUUUGGUGCUAAAAUACAUGUUCGUGGCGAUAUGAUUGAUCAUAGCAAGCCAGCUGUUAUGAUAAUGAAUCAUAGAUCAAGAUUGGACUGGUUAUACUUUUGGAAUGCACUUUUCAAAAUGGACCCGUGGUUAUGUACAUCUGAGAAAAUUGUACUGAAAGGCAUACUCAAGUAUGUGCCUGGAGCAGGAUGGGCAAUGGCUUGCAAUUCGUACAUCUAUCUCGACAGAUCUUUUGAUACUGACGAAACGCGACUAAACAACAUCCUUGACUAUUAUGCACGAUGUGGCUUCAACUAUCAGAUUCUGUUUUAUCCCGAAGGCACUGACAAAUGUCCUCUGGCAACGGAACGAAGUAGAAAAUAUGCUGAGAAGAAUGAAUUGGUACAUUAUGAAUAUGUGCUGCACCCUCGCACCACCGGAUUUGUGCACAUGAUCCAAAAUAUGAGAAGAGCUGGUUAUAUUGACAGCAUCUAUGAUGUAACUAUUGGCUACAAUGACUGUAUAGUCCAAUCGGAAGUGCAUUUUGCCGCCUAUGGUGUUUGUCCGAAAGAUGUGCACUAUCAGGUUCGCAAAAUCAAGAUCAGCGACCUGCCUGAAGAUGAUAAAGGUUUGAGUCAAUGGUUGAUAAACCUAUGGAAAGAAAAGGAGGAAAAAUUGCGAAGGUUUUAUUUGAUGGAUCCUAAGUCUAGAGAAUUUGACAACACCCCUAAUGGGAAAGAUUAUGAGCCGAGCACCCAGACUUUCAUUGCGCAAGUCAUUAUUAACGUAUUUUGGAUCGCGACAACUAUCAUGUGGAUGUACGGAUUUGCAAAGAUACCCUACAUGUGUUCAUUUGCAAUGUUCUCAAGUAUGAUCUUCUUCUAUAUUCAACGCCGUUGGGGUGGUGUUGAAUGGCUGGCCAUUGAGAAAUUCAAUGAGGUGGAGAAGGUGAAAAGUAUCUGAAACAUAAUCUCAUUUUAGUUACGAUGAUUGUUGAUGUAGUGUUGUUUCGUUUUAUCUGAGUUUAACUGGAGAAUUAUACAGCAUAAUCGAGAUUUAUGGUGAAAAUUACGGAGAUUUGACAGCCAUGUGUAGAAUGUUUAACUUAGGGCUUUCGUUGUUGUUUUAGAUCCCAUUUGCCAUAUCUCAGCUGAUUGGUUUUACCUAAUUUUAAUGAACUGUAUUGUGGAUUCAUGCCAUCUAUGCACUGAUAUGCAGCCAUGGGGGAUCACUGGCUAUCAGUAUGACUGAUAUAGUAGUUUAACAUGAAGAAAACAUAGAUUCUGUUGUUGUCCUGGUCUUUUUGAUUCAAUGGGUAACUCCUAAAACAUAUUUUUCCUAUGCUUUUGAUGAACAAUAUAUGUUUUUCUUGAUUUUAUCAUUGCUCACUUUAAAGGUUACGCGAUAAGAGACAUUAGUUUUGAAAAUC